GAUCGCCGAGGGGUGGUAGUUGAGGCCGAAACCAACAGAUGGAGAUGGGAUGCACAGGCGCCGGGGAAGCGGGAUGUCAUUGGUCGAUCCGGGCCCCCACCAGGGUAGCCGUCCUCGCGAAGAGGGAAUGCGGAUAAAGCUCUGUGGGCAAGAGAGAGAGUGAACCCGAGCGAGAGGGAUAGAGCGAAAGAGUGAUAGCCUGCCCUCACAUGGCUCUACCCUGUUCAGUACCAUUCCGCCAGUGCACACGAUAGCACGAGCUCCUACUCGCAGCCCCACUUUCCGCCCUUACGUACUUUUAUUGCGAAUCGUUAAACGUUUUCCCCCUCCACAACCACUUUUAUGGCUCGUUUAUGGGCCUUUUAUCGCUCUGCCACCGGCCUCGAGUGAAUCAGUGACUUUCUGGAAAAAUAAAAUUUCAAAUUACUGACUGUGUUGUGAAGUUUUUUGAUAUACGGUCAAAAUGAACUCUUACUUCGAGCAGACGGGGUUUUAUGGCUCCCAUCAUCAUCAGAGUAGUACGGCGGCCCAUCAUCACGACCAGACGGCGGCAGCGUAUAGAUUCCCUCUGGGAUUGGGCAUGUCGCCGUACGCUUCCAGCCAACACCAUCAUCAUCAUUCGCUGCAUCAGAGCAGGCCUCCGCAGGACUCGCCGUAUGAUGCGUCUGUCGCCGCGGCCUGCAAACUCUACUCGGCCACAAAUGACAACCAGACAAGCGUGAAUUACUCGACCACGAAACCCGACUGCUCCAAAACUGAAGGCGGUCACCAAAACGGCUAUGCCGCCGUGGUGGCCGCAGCGGCGAAGGACGUCUGGCAGAGCGCGUCGGCCGGCUCGACGCCGUCGGCGAAUCCUCUCGUCCGUCCUUCCGCCUGCACACCCGACAGCCGUUAUCCCGGCUUGACGGAGGCGGCGGGAGGAUCUCCUGGAUCAGCUUCGCGUACCUCGGCAAGCUCCCUAGCCCCUUCGUGGAACCAGUGCAGCAUCAAUACGGCGUCCUCUCAGGCACCGGUCGGCACCCAAAUCCACCAACAGGCUGGCAAUCACACCUUCUACCCGUGGAUGGCGAUAGCAGUUUCAGGGGCGAACGGCCUAAGAAGGCGGGGGAGGCAGACGUACACACGGUACCAAACACUGGAGCUGGAAAAGGAAUUUCACACCAACCACUACCUUACGAGGCGGAGGAGGAUAGAAAUGGCUCACGCCCUUUGCCUGACAGAGAGGCAGAUCAAAAUCUGGUUUCAAAACCGGAGGAUGAAGUUGAAGAAGGAAAUUCAGGCGAUCAAGGAGCUGAACGAGCAGGAGAAGCAGGCACAGGCGCAGAAGGCUGCUGCGGCUGCGGCGUUAGCGGCUCAACAGCAGCAAGACCACUAAAGGACUUUUUAGUUUCAUUUAACAAAUUUUCGUUGUAUAAUUUAAAUCCAACCCCUCCCCCCUGAAUGAACGUGUACUGUAAAACGGUCAUUUUAUAUCCCCCCCCCCCCCGAGUCAUUUUUACCUGUCGGACCACCCCUCGUGAAAGGGAGCCCUCAAUUUAUAAAUAAAAGACAAUUUGUACAUUUGUGCACCCGGGAGAAACGGAGGUCAAUUUUUGUUGAAUUUUGUUAUGUAUUUCGUUUUGAGUUUUUAAAAAGUCCUCUCAACAAGAUUAUUUUUGUUGUAUUUUGUAUAGAGACAAUUAUUUCGUCAUCUUUUUGUGUACAGUGUGAAUAGGAAAAGAAAUAUGUGCUAAUCUAAAUAUAUAUAAAAUAUGUGUGUGUAUGUGAUCGUGUUACCUUGUGUGAGUGUGUGCGAUUGUUGGAUUCCUUCGAGACCUCCAGGAUGCUCAUGGGUCUAGACUGGAAACCACUCCGCCAGGACUAACUAAGAGUCUCACUGAUCCGGCUAGUCGUGAGGAGUUAGCAAUUUGGUAUGGUCUCGCUCAUUCGGGGGCUAAUCGUCCCUAUGCUUUAACCGUUCGUUUUGUCAAAUAAAAUUAAAAUCAAAUAUUUAUACAAAAGAAAAAACCCAUACACACUCACACACACACACACACACACACACACGAGCGCGUCCUGCCCCAACUACCCCAAAGAUUCUCAGUAAUUAAGAGGACUGAAUGGAGAGCAAACGAGCGUUUGAAACACGAUUGAAAUACUGAGUUUAAAAAAUUGUGAAAUUUAUAAAUGGCGACCAUAUUUUCUUAUAAGUGUUUUCCAAAAAGUUACAAAAUAAAAAAAAGUAUAUGUACAUUUUAUGUAUUGAUAUUUGAGGUAAUAAGUAUGUUUAUAUUAUAAAUUAUAUAUAUUUAAAACAAAAAAAAUGAAAAGAGGUAUAAUGUUUAGGAAAUUUAGUGCCAUUUUUUUGGUAUUUGUACAUAAUUAAAAUUAUAACAAGUUGUUUUGUUCUUUUUUUUACUUUGUAAAUAAAAAUUUAAUUGCCAAAAAAGUGCAAUAUUUCUAUUAAGUAAACUUAGGAUAACGAGGCAAAGGUUAUUUUAAAAAGGCUUUCCUUACCUGAACGGAUUAGUUCAAAUCUCUGAGCCAAAAUCCCCUUGUCUCAUUUGGAAACGAUAUACGUAAAAAAUUGUAUUUAGUCCUGAUGUGAAAAUAUAUAUUAUUAUUAAUUAUUAUAAAUACUAUUGAGGAUAUUUAACUAAGAUUAUUCAGAAAUGUCAUUUAGUGUUUAAAAGUCAUUAACAUUGAUUAACCAUGCCAUGUGAGAUCUCUGUUUCGUAGAAACCGCGUAGAGAACCUUAGAUUUAGUCUUAUAGAAACAAACACAAAAAUCUGCAUAUUAUUGCGAUGACGUGUAGUUAUGACAAACAAAUUAAACGCAUUGAUAAUUGGCUGAAUAUACGAAAAAAAAUUCAAAAAUAGAAUAUAUAGAAUCAAGAUAUUUUGUUGUGUAAAAAUUUGUUAUCAAAUUGUGAAAAUGGAUAAACAAAGUCAAUUUAUUUUGUCAAAUAUUUUUCUGUAUAAACGUAUUGUGAUAGUUGUUGUUUUGUUUUGAUUUUUGAUUUUAUUUGUUUUAAUUAAAUGUUUAUCACAUCGAACAUAUAACGAACGGCAUUGGGACUUAAUUUUUUGUGUAAUAUUUAAUUUUUAUACAUUUCUUUAUAUCUUAAUUUCUCAUUGACUUGACCCAAAUGUCGGCGCACUGUGAACCUGACGCAAUAACACAACCAUAUCCAAUUUUAGAGAAAUGAUAUUAUUAUAUCUAACAACCAAUACCGUCCACGGGUAUACUAUUCUUGAUUAAGUCUAACGAUUUUUAUGGUAACACUUCUAACAUAUUCUCUCUAACUGUUUUAUAUUGGGUGUUUUAUACGUUCCUAAUUCAUAUGGUAUACUGAAAAAGAAAUAUCUUCGAUGUUUAUAACCCGAUUGUGGACAAGUUCCUGUUGGUAUUUCAUGCUAACUGGGAGGAAUCCCCAAAUAAUUGUCUUUGAAAACAAAGCUCCAAUAUGAAAAUAUGUAUUCUUAUUUUAAAUUUUGUUAAUGCUUUUUCAAUGUUGCUCAAACAAAUAUAUUGUAAAGAUUAUAAUUAAAAAAUAAAAUAAAAAAGAUGUGUAUACCAUAUAUUAAAAAUAUGUAGUAGAACCUUGCAUAAAUAUAAUAGUUACGUACUUGAUAUCCUAUUGUGUGCGUGUUCAGUGUGUACUGUAAUUUAUUUUAAAUA